CAAGUCACAUAUUGCAUGGAGGGAGAGUGCUGCAGCUUGCAGCAUAGAGAGAACUCCGAAGAAACCAAGAUGACACAUACUGAAGUAAAAUCACUGGAUGUGAUUCUUGACAAUGGGCAGAGAGAAGGUUACUGCUCUGGUGAAGUAGUGUCUGGGCAUAUUUCUGUCAAACUCUCGGAAGCCACCACAGUCAAAAGCAUAGAAGUAUUACUGAAGGGAUAUGCUCAGGUGAGUUGGAUGCAUAAACGAUCCGGCUGUUCGGAAGAGAGGAAAUGUCUCUCUUUAUCCAAGACACUUGUUGCAACAACAGGUACCCAAGACCUCAUCCUUGAUAGUGGUACACAUGAGAUCCCUUUUGACCUGCAACUACCUCAAAAUCAUUUGGUUUCCACUUUCUCUGGAAAACAUGGCCGUGUUUACUACAUGGUGCAGGCAGUUUUAAAAAGGCCUUUCCAUGAGAGUCUACGUGUUUGCAGAGAACUUUGCGUCAUCAGUCAUACUAAUGUCAGUGUGCCAACAUUAAUGUCUCCAGUGUCACAAACCUGUAAGAAGAUGAUUGGCUGCUGGAUCUUUACGUCUGGUCCUGUCUCACUGACUGUCAGCUUAAACCGACAAGGUUAUUGCAGUGGAGAAUCAGUCCCAGUCAAUGCUCUGAUUGUGAACCGCUCAUCUCGCCUGGUUGUGCCAAAAUCAGUGUUAUACCAGAUACAGACUUAUACAGCCAAGGGUAAAACAAAAUGCAUAAAACAGGUGGUUGUCAGUGCCAGAGGAAAUGUUGUGCCACCUGACACUUCCAGUAGGUGGAAUGGAAACACACUAACGAUUCCUCCAGUUUCUCCCUCCAUUCUGAAUUCAGACAUCCUGAGAGUGGAGUACGUACUUGCAGUUAUUGUUCAGAUACCAGGUGCCAAAAAUCUCGAAGUGCAGCUUCCAGUGGUGAUCGGUACCAGUGGUCUUGGCAUGAUCAGUUGUUCCAUUGUGAACAUGAGCUUGCUAUAUCCCACAUUUACCCUUCCAGACAUAGCUGAAGCCCCUCCCAGCUAUGCAGAGAUUAUGUCAGAAGAACAGUUUGAGGAGCACAGGACUUCAACCUGCCAAUCACUACCAGACUGGCUGCUAGAUUCCUCAGCAUUUGCUUGCAUUCAGCAGUUCCACCUCCAGCCGCCUCCUUCUUAUUCAGAGAUUUACCCAAGUGAACAGUAAGCUUUUAGCCAAGUUUCUUGUGGGGGAGACCAAAGAACCACCUUCUGCCUUCUUUUUUUUCAUUGUUUAUGGAUUGCUGGUAAAAUAUUUGUUUUGAUCAUGAAAUCAUGCCAAAGUUCUGAAAGCAGACUACUGACUUCUCACAAGUUUUGUACACUUUGCACUUUUGCUGUUUUUCUGUACUUUUUUCUGUUAUUGUGAUGCCAAUUGUUUAUAGUUCACACAAAAAUGAAAAUUCUGUCA